AAACCUUCUCACUCUCUCUUUUCUCAAAUGGAAGCUGAGAAUUUGAUGAAUCUUUCUCUUCUCCAACGCAGAAACGGCGCCGUUUCACAAACCCUAGACUUAGAGCUAGUGUCCGUCAACAAAUCCUCCGAUGAUCCUCUUCCAUGUUACACCUCCCUCAAAGACAUCCUCCCCUCCCCCUCCACCACCGUCGAUUCCCCUGCCAUCCCCUCCGCUGCAUCGGGUUCGGGUCCCACCAUCUUGAUCCGCAAUCGCCUUGUAAAGCAAGCCGCUUGCUCCUACCUUCAGCCUUCUACUCCAACUCCUUCCUCUAACCCUUCAUUCAUCCGCCGUGUCUCCUCCUCCUUCCUCCGCCUCUUCUCCGCCUUCUUUGAUGCUCUCCUCCGCAUCUUCCCAUCUCCUCAGAAAAUCUUUAAAGCUUAGUCAAGGACAUAGAACAGAGAGAAUUGAGAAACGAUUCUUACAUACAGUCUCUGCUUUGUCCAAAAAAAAACAAAAAAUAAACAUACAGUCUCUGC